GCGGUCAUGAGGAAAUCCGUCCUCCGUGAGGCCUGCGGGGCGGGGCAGGGCCCUCAGCCCCGGGUCCGGCCUCGGCGCCGAGGGCUGCCUGCCUUCCAGCCCGAGCCAUCUGCGCCCUGAGGAGUGGAAACACAACGGCGGUGUUCCGCAUUGCACCGAGGCGACGGGCGCUCGCAGCUGGUGGUGGCAAAAGGCUUGUUCCUGACACUGUGCGAGUGCGGGGUGGUUGUGGAGAGGCGGGGGCAGGUCUCUUCUCCCGAGUGACAGGCCACAGGACAAGAGGAAAUGGCCUUGAGUCACGCCGGGGAGGUUUGGGUGGGAUAUUAGGAAAAACUUCUUCGUCGAAAGGGUUAUCAAACGCUGGAAGAGGCAGCCCAGGGAGUGCUGGAAUCACCAUCCCUGGAGUUACUUAUAAGAUGGAUAGACAUGACACUUAGGGACACAGUUUAGUGAUGGUUAGAUGAAUGGUUGGACUUGAUGAUCUGAAAGGUCCCUUCCAACUUAGACCAUUCCAUGAGUCUAUGACUUCUAGCAGGAUGCUUUACCAAAAGAUGCUGAAAGGAUUGUUAAUUAUACAUGAUUGGUGACAUCAUAGAAACUAAACAAUGCCAGCUAAAAGAUCCCAUGGAUUUGUUCCAUUCUGGGCAAGUUGUAAAAAUAUGUGCCCCUAUGGUCCGCUAUUCAAAGUUGGCUUUCAGAACCUUGGUUAGGAAAUACGGUUGCGAUUUGUGUUACACACCAAUGAUAGUGGCAGCUGAUUUUGUGAGAUCUGCAAAAGCUAGAGACAGCGAAUUCACAACAAACAAAGGUGAUCGUCCAUUGAUUGUUCAGUUUGCUGCUAAAGAAGCACAGAUUUUGUGUGAUGCUGCCCAUAUCGUCUGUCCUUUUGCAGAUGGAAUAGACCUAAACUGUGGCUGUCCUCAAAGAUGGGCGAUGGCAGAAGGUUAUGGUGCUUGCUUAAUAAAUAAACCAGAACUCGUUCGAGAUAUGGUGAGACAUGUACGGAAUCAGAUUGACAACCCUAGAUUUUCAGUAUCUAUUAAAAUAAGGAUCCAUGAGGACUUAAAAAGAACAGUUGACCUGUGCCAAAAAGCUGAAGCAACUGGAGUUUCAUGGAUUACAGUACAUGGGAGAAGUGUAGAAGAAAGACAUCAACCUGUACAUUAUGAUGCAAUUAAAAUAAUUAAACAAAGCAUGUCUAUACCUAUUGUGGCUAAUGGAGACAUUAAAACUUUAAAAGAUGCUGAAAAUGUUCAUCAUUGGACAGGAGCAGAUGGUGUAAUGGUGGCUAGAGGACUCUUAGCAAAUCCAGCUAUGUUUGCAGGAUACGAAGAGACGCCUUUGAAGUGCAUCCAGGACUGGGUUGAGAUUGCUCUUGAGCAUGGAACUCCUUUUACGUGUUUUCACCAUCACUUAAUGUACAUGAUGGAACGCAUAACUUCAAAACAAGAAAAAAAAGUUUUUAAUGUUUUAUCAAGUACCUCAGCAGUACUAGAUUAUCUGAAUAAUUAUUAUGGUGUGUGAUAACUGAAAGUAUUUUAUUCCUAUGUAAACUUCUGUUUUGCAAUUGCCAAUACAAGUUUUAAUUGAGUUCCUAUCUAUUAGUUGCAUUCACAUAUUGCACAGGUAUUUUCAACACAGCAUAACAUUAUGAUCAUGGUGAUAUUUUAUAUUUUUAGUAUUUUUAUGUCAGCAUUUUUCAUUCCAGAAAAUAUUCCAGAUUCCACAAAUAUGGAAUUCUAUUUACAAUGCACUACUACAGAGAGGAUUGAUUAUUGUAAGACUCCAGUAAUUUAUUUUGUCACCAGACAGUUGCUUACAGCAAUAUGAUUGCAAAACUAAGGCCUUAUGUGAAACCUCCUAAAAUCAGAAAGACUACUCAUAAAUAUACCAAGAAUUUCAGACCAAAAUAAUAUAUAGGGAACAAUUAUAGAAGCUUUUGCUUUAACUGACAUAAGCUGUACUUUUAAAUUUUAGUAGAUUUUUCAAGCUUAAAGACUGUGAGGCCUUGAAACCCAGCAUAGUAUUCUCUUUUAAAUUAGAUGCUCCUUUUGCAGACUAAAACUUUCUAAGCUUACUUAUAACUCAGAAAAAUUCCAUGCUUUAUAUAGUAAAAGAAACCUGGAGUAGUCAAACAACAGAAAGGAGGAAAAGAGUAAAACGAAGAAAUAAUUUAAACUAAGUACAAAGAGCUGAAUCUAAAAUGCAAGACUUGAAAGUUCAAUCUAACUGAAUUCAGUUUAAUUUAUCUACUGUAUAAUAAUUAUAUAAAAGAUUAAAUCCCUGUCAUCUACCAAAACAGAACUUUAUAGGUCAAAGAAAAGCUGACAGAUUCUCUCAGUGGGGCUCUUGCAAUCCUUUCUGCCUGCUGGCAUGUUGCUUAUCAAAGCAUGACAGCCACUUGGCUUUGAAUCUUUGUAUAGGAGGGAAAUAGUGAAAAUUAGAAUAACAUAAUAACGUUACUCACCAGCUGCAUUUGUUCUGCAAGGGAAAUUUCACAAAUCUGUGCAGUACAAUUAAUUGUAAUCAAAUAAUUUGUUUUCUUUAGAUGUUUACACAGAAAUUCUUACCAGAAAUUGUUUAGUUUUCUGACUCUGAUACUUCUGUAAAUAUACAAGUGAAUAGUUCUACAUUUUCUAAAUAAAUUACUUGGUUUUGUA